AUGCUGGCAAAGUACAUCAUUCUCUCACUCCUCAGCUUCAUCCUUGUUAUGUCAUUUGCAUGUCCUGCAUGCAAUUAUACUGCUGUGUCAGCACAUGCUCUGCAGCCUCCUCCUGCACUGCAUGCUCAGUCAGAAGCUCCCUUACUUGAUGAGCCCUCACUCAAUGAGGCAAACCAGCCAGAGUUUGAGAAUCCUGAGCCGUAUGAAUUGCCAGUACAUCAUUUGCCCUCACCCCCACCACUGGCACAAGCAUCAGGUCUUCCAAAUUGCAGGUGGCAACUGCCUGCAUGUUACCAAGAUGAACUUCCUGCCCUUCCCAUCCCCAUUCCAAUUCCACCUCCAGUAGAUGAUGUAGCCCAUGCCAUUCCACAAUCUCCUGUUCAUUCUGACUCAGGUACUACUGAAUCAGAAGGAGAAGUGUGGGUACACACCAAACAGGACACUUUUGACACCUUCCAUCCAUACUGA